GCCCCGGGCGCAUUACGUGGCGCAGGGGUCAUGGCAGGGAGCGAGCCGCGCAGCGGAACCAGCUCCUCCCCGCCGCCCCCGAGCGACUGGGGCCGCCUGGAGGCUGCCAUCCUCAGCGGCUGGAGGACGUUCUGGCAGUCGGUGGGCAAGGAGAGGACUGUGCGGACGGCCUCCCGAGAGGAGGCGGACGAGGACACCAGCACCUUGACGCAGCUGCCGAUUGAUGUCCAGCUAUAUAUUUUGUCAUUUCUUUCACCCCAUGAUCUGUGUCAGCUGGGAAGUACAAAUCAUUAUUGGAACGAAACUGUACGAGAUCCAAUUCUGUGGAGAUACUUUCUGUUGCGAGAUCUUCCUUCUUGGUCUUCUGUUGACUGGAAGUCUCUUCCAGAUGUAGAAAUCUUAAAAAAGCCUAUAUCUGAGGUCACUGACAAUGCAUCUUUUGAUUACAUGGCAGUUUAUAAAAUGUGCUGUCCACAUACCAGAAGAGCCUCAAAAUCCAGCCGUCCUAUGUAUGGAGCCGUCACCUCCUUUUUACACUCAUUAAUCAUUCAGAAUGAACCACGAUUUGCUAUGUUUGGACCAGGUUUGGAAGAACUGAAUACAUCUUUGGUGUUGAGCUUGAUGUCUUCUGAGGAACUUAGUCCAACUGCUGGUUUGCCUCACAGGCAGAUUGAUGGUAUUGGAUCAGGAGUCAGUUUUCAGUUGAGCAACCAACAUAAAUUCAACAUCCUGAUAUUGUAUUCAACUACCAGAAAGGAAAGAGACAGAGCAAGGGAAGAACAUACAAGUGCAGUCAACAAGAUGUUCAGCUUACAGAGUGAAGGAGAUGACCAACAGGGAAACCGGUAUGUUGUAAUUCCACAGAUCCAGAAAGUGUGUGAAGUUGUAGAUGGGUUCAUCUAUGUUGCAAAUGCUGAAGCCCAUAAAAGACAUGAAUGGCAAGAUGAAUUUUCUCACAUCAUGGCAAUGACAGAUCCAGCUUUUGGAUCUUCAGGAAGACCAAUGCUGGUUUUAUCUUGUACUUCUCAAGCAGAUGUAAAAAGAAUGCCCUGUUUUUAUUUGGCACAUGAGCUGCAUCUCAAUCUUCUAAACCACCCAUGGAUGGUCCAGGAUACGGAGGCUGAAACUUUAACUGGUUUUUUGAAUGGCAUAGAGUGGAUUCUUGAAGAAGUGGAAUCUAAGCAUGCAAGAUGAUCCUUCUUUUAGACCUUGGGAACUGAAACCAUUUGAAAUUUGUCACUAAGGUCAUUAUGUGUAUAUUUUCUCAGACAACUACCUUUGUCCUACCUUUUGUAGGUGGGCUUUAUAUUGUACAGCUGCAACAGUUGGAUUUUUAUAUUAUGUUUACUUUUUACCUUAAAUCAAUUACAAGAAGAGUUUCAAUCCUAGUAUUUAGCCCCAAAUGAACCUUUAAAUUUUUUGAUAAAUUUUAUAUUUUAUGUCUUUACAAAAACAUUAAAUUCUGGAAAAAAAUAAG